AUGUCUCACACCACUUCAAAGGAUGCGGCUGAGGGCACGCAUGUCAAUCCAGAUUACGACCUCGAGACUCCUAUUCCCCCAGAUGCUAAUGGCUUGCGUCAAAGCUUGACAUCAUAUGGCGACGCUCACUUCUCUCUAUUCCUUCGAAAAGUCUUCAUCAAGGCUCUCGGCUAUAGCGAGGAUGCCCUCUCACGCCCCAUCAUUGGCAUCGUCAAUACGUACUCUAGCUUCAACCCAUGUCACGCCAAUAUUCCCCAACUGAUCGAUGCCGUCAAGCGUGGUGUUCAGCUGAACGGCGGGCUCGCCAUUGACUUCCCAACAAUUAGCAUCCAUGAGUCGUUCUCGUCACCCACGAGUAUGUACCUGAGGAACUUGAUGAGUAUGGACACAGAAGAAAUGAUCCGGGCGCAACCUUGUGAUGCCGUUGUGCUUAUUGGAGGUUGUGAUAAAACCACUCCGGCCCAACUCAUGGGCGGUCUUUCAGCAAACAAACCCAUUCUUCAUCUCGUCACCGGGCCAAUGAUGCCGGGAAGUCACAAGGGCGUGAGGAUCGGGGCUUGCACUGACUGUCGGAAUAAUUGGGCGAGCUAUCGAGCCGGAACCAUCGAUAUUGAAGAUAUUUCGGCCAUCAACAACGAGCUAGCUCCAACUGCCGGCACUUGUGGCGUGAUGGGAACAGCUAGUACAAUGGCUUGCAUCCUCGUCGGCCUCGGUCUAAUGCCUUUCGGCGGUGCCACUGCCCCCGCCGUUUCCUCCUCUCGACUACGGAUUGCAGAAGAGACUGGUGCGAAUGCCGUAGCUGCAUUCAAGAAGAACCUUCGGCCCCAGUCACUACUCACGCGAGAAUCCUUCCUGAACGCCAUCACCGUACUACAAGCCAUCGGAGGCUCCACGAACGCCGUGGUUCACUUUAUGGCAAUCAUCGGCCGACACAUGGAUACCGAGCUGGUCGAGAGUAUCAACUUGGACAAUAUCAACGAGAUUGGCCGGACAACGCCGCUGCUUGUGGACUUGAAGCCCAGCGGUGACAAUUACAUGACCGACUUUCACAACUCUGGGGGGAUGCUUGCAUUGUUGCACUCACUUAGACCCUUGCUCCAUCUCAAUGCCACAACAGUCACCGGUAGAAGCCUUGGGGAAGAGCUGGACAGGGCAACUCUGAUCGAAGUACCUCGGCACCUAAGCUGCAUUCAACCGUUUGACGAUCCUCUAUAUCCAGCGGCUUCCCUCGUUGUUCUCCGUGGUAACUUAUCCCCCGGCGGCGCCAUCAUGAAGGCGAGCGCGUCGAAAUGGCGACAUCUCCUCAAGCACUCUGGCCCGGCUGUGGUGUUCAAGGGUGCCGCUGAUAUGGCGAAGCGCGUCGAUGACCCGAAUCUGGAGGUGACUAAGAAUAGCAUUUUGGUUCUCCAGAACAUAGGGCCUAUAGGAAACCCCGGAAUGCCCGAGGCUGGAAUGAUUCCCAUCCCUCGCAAGCUCGCGGAAAAUGGCGUUAUGGACAUGCUCCGAAUUUCAGACGGGAGAAUGAGCGGCACGGCAGGUGGUUCCAUCGUUCUACACGUAUCACCAGAGGCGGCCGACCCGAGCUCAGUUCUUGGCAUCGUACAGAAUGGGGACAUCAUUACCUGCGAUGCAGAACAGCGCAUACUGCAAGUGGAAAUCUCAGACGCGGAGAUCCAACGGCGGCUUGAGGAGAGACAAGCGGAGUUUGAAAGCAGCAGACAACCAAGGACGACUGGAAAACAACCGGUGUGGGUUUCUCGGGAGAAAACAAGAGGAUAUCGUGGAUUAUUCAUGCGCUCGGUGUUGCAGGCAGAGAAGGGAGCCGACUUUGGCUUUUUAACUGCUGCUGGGCCUUAA